AUGCUGACUAACAGCACAUUCCCGCACCUGGAAGACGACUUGUUCUUUAAUUCAUCUGGCAAUGAAACGCUCGGUGAAGCUCACGGCAGCGCGAUCCUCAUCUCCUUUAUCUACUCUGUCGUGUGCCUGGUCGGACUCUGUGGCAACUCCAUGGUCAUUUAUGUCAUAUUCAGGUAUGCCAAGAUGAAAACUGCUACAAACAUUUACAUUUUGAACUUGGCGAUUGCGGACGAGCUGCUGAUGCUCAGUGUGCCCUUCUUGGUUACAUCUUCGCUGCUUCACCACUGGCCGUUCGGCUCGUUCUUGUGCCGUCUGGUUUUAAGCGUUGACGCCAUCAAUAUGUUUACCAGUAUCUACUGCUUAACUGUCCUAAGUAUCGACCGAUACAUCGCCGUAGUGCACCCCAUCAAAGCGGCCCGGUAUAGGAGACCUACAAUUGCCAAGAUGGUCAACUUGGGCGUGUGGAUGUUCUCCAUCCUGGUCAUUUUGCCCAUCAUCAUAUUUUCCACUUCCACACCAAACUCGGACGGCUCGGUCGCAUGUAACAUGCAGAUGCCCGAGCCGCAGCGUCGGUGGAUGGCAGUGUUCGUGAUUUACGCCUUUCUCAUGGGCUUCCUUUUCCCGGUGCUCGCCAUAUGCAUGUGUUACGUCCUGAUCAUAGCGAAGCUAAGAGUUGUGGCACUGAAAGCGGGCUGGCAACAGCGCAAAAAGUCCGAGAGAAAGAUCACGCUCAUGGUCAUGAUGGUGGUCACGGUGUUCGUGAUUUGCUGGAUGCCAUUUCACGUCAUGCAGCUCGUGAACGUGUUCGAGGAGCGCCACAACGCCACGUUCAGUCAGCUGGCCGUGAUUUUGGGCUAUGCCAACAGUUGCGCUAAUCCCAUCCUCUACGGCUUUCUCUCGGACAAUUUCAAACGCUCCUUCCAAAGGAUUUUAUGCCUCCGGUGGGUGGACAGCGCCGCUGAGGAGCCCAUCGACUACUAUGCCACGGCGCUGAAAAGUCGCGGGUACAGUGUGGACGAGUUUCAGCCGGACAACAUGGAGUCGGACAGCGCGUACAGGAACGGCACGUGCACCUCCAGGACUACUACACUGUAGUGAGCUGCACUGGGUUUGCAGUUUGAUGACUUGAACAGAUAACACACCGUUAAAUCAGGCAUAUUCCCGAAGUCUUCAGGUCUACCUUCCUGAAGACUUUAUGUCCAACCAUAAUCAUGCCCACCUGACCAUCUAAUCAUUGCCUUAAGAAGUUCUUGAUCAAGUAAAACAGGUGUGUUAGAUUUUGGUUGGAGAGGAAACCUACAAGAAGCUAGAUCUCAAGGAAGAGAGUUGGUGACCACUGCUGUAGAUACAUCGAAGAUAACACUGAAGCCUCGUGAUUGUAUUAGAUAGUGUAGAUUUCAGCCUGAUGUUUGAAACAAGCAAUUCUCAAAACUGAAACAAAUAUGCAGAGUAUUUAUAAUAAAACAUUGACACCGAAUAAUCUUAACUAAUGAGCAGUUUUAGGAGAGCCAGACAAGCAUUUUCUCGAACCCAGUCUUUUCUAAUAGAACUUGUUAAAAGAUUUAAAAGGCUCCGUGGUUACUUUCAGUAAAUGCCACCAAAACAUUCAAAAGGAACAUUAAUGCUUAAUAUGAUAUUCAGGGUGGUUUCUGCCUCCUGCAUCUUUAAUGCAAUUUGUGGGAGUGCCUGUAGCCUGUGAAUCUGCAUGUUCUGUUUAGUUCUGUGUUAAUUUCUUGCCCACUGUGCAUUAAAGGAAAUGCGUGCAGGAAAAAGAUUGUGUCCCCUAACUUGCCAUACUUUGUCGCUCAACUUAUUUGUGGCAUACCUCUAUUGUGUCUAUACUGUUUUCUUAACUUUGUUUGAAUUAAAAGAAUAUUUUAGCUAAAAGUGAAAAUUUCACAAUUUUCCUCUUACUCACAGUGUAGUGAAUCAGCAAAUACAUGUUUAGUGUUUUCUUCUUUGGUCUUGCACUAGUGCUAUGAGCCUAAUGUAAGCAACUAUUAUUGUGUGUGUGUGUGUGUGUGUGUGUG